GCCCCGCUCGUGGUGGCGGGAGAGCCGCACGUGGUCGCCGCUCUCGCGCGGGCCGCGCGCAGCAUGUUCGGGGGCCGGGCCAGUCCUCUCUUCCUGGACACUUCGGAGAUCUGGUGGCAGGACCCCCCGUCCCUGCAAGCGGAGGAAGAGCCCUGGGACGUGACAGAGGUGGCAGCCGUGUGCAAGGCAGCCGAUGAGGGCUCCGAUCCCAGCCCCCAGGAGGGGCACGGCGCCGAGCAGCAGGAUGUUCAGGACCCGGAGCUGGAGGCCAUCAAAGCCAAACUGCGGGAAAUAGAGAAGGAGGAUGAGAGGCUGAAGGAGUUGCAGCUGGAAGCUGAGAACCACUUGUUCAUGAACUCAGAAGCAGCUCUCUUCCCACUGACAACCAAGGAGAAGAUGGAGGCUGACCAGCGUUCCAUCUACGUGGGCAAUGUGGAUUACGGGGGCACAGCAGAAGAGCUGGAGUCUCACUUCAACAGCUGUGGGCAGAUCAACCGCGUCACCAUCCUCUGUGACAAGUUCUCGGGCCACCCCAAAGGCUAUGCCUACAUCGAGUUCGAGGAGCAGAGCUCCGUGAAGGCCGCGGUGGAGCUGGACGAGAGCGUCUUCAGGGGCCGUGUCAUCAAGGUGCUGCCCAAGAGGACCAACAUGCCCGGCAUCAGCAGCACGGACCGCGGGGGCUACCGGGGCUGCUGCCACGGCCGGGGCGGGCUGGGCCGCUGGGGGGGCCCCUACGGGCAGCAGCCCCGGCUGCGAGGGAGGGCCUACAGGGGUCGGGCGAGGCUGCUGCCUUGGUAUUUUCCAUACUAGAAGAGGUUGGACUGCCUGGUGAUGCCAAUGGGACUGAAACAAGGAGAUGGGAUUGGAGAGAUUUAAAAAUAUGCCUGCCCAAGCCAAAAAACAGAUUAAUUUUAAAAAUGCCAUCUGCCUGGCCGUGAGGAUUACUGGUGAGCCCUGUGCUGGGCUGCAGGAGGGAAGAUGGGAUCUGCACCACCCUGCCAGCACCCAGGAGAGCUCAUCCCACCUCAGCUCUGCCCGGGGGGCUGUGCUUGCACAGAGAACAGGCUCAUUCCAGAGAACGCUGUCCUGGGAAUGGAAGAGCUCUCCCAGACCAUCAAGUCUCCUUAUCCCAUGGAAAAGGGCUGUCCUGGAGGAUUUGGUUUGGCUCCUGCCUGGCUGUGUGCCCUCCAUGCCACUGCUUGGCCAUGAACCUCCUCAGCUCUUCCUACAGCAGCUGGAUGCUCAGCCUUCUCUUCUUCUAAGAUCCUACAGACUGUUUCCUUUCACAAAUCAAUGAAGAAAGUUUUGGGUUGCAGCUGGGAGCUUUUCCUUCAUCAGCCCUAUGGAUGUGACCUGGGGAGCUUUUCCUUCAUCAGCCCUAUGGAUGUGACCUGGGGAGCUUUCCCUUCAUCAGCCCUAUGGAUGUGACCUUCCUCUUGGGAAGCCUGAUGUGGUUUGGGUCUGGUUUUUACCUCACUUUGUACAUCCAGGAUAGGGGAAAAGCAUCUCUUGUUUCUCUGGGAGCCUCUGUGUCUCUGUGGUAGUUAAGCAAGACCUGGGUGCCACAAAACCCUUCCUCUUUUUUAUUUUGGCUGUCAGCAAACCCCUCUUCCCUCCCUCCUGCUGUUAUUCCAGUCUCCAGGGGUCAAAGGGUGCUGGCAACUCCUCACUUGACUUUAUUUCUUGCAGUAGCAGCAUUACAAAACCACCUUCACUGGUGCAGAUUUGGUCUCUCCCUCUUUAUUCCCAUCACCAUUCCUGCUCUGGAGUCACAUCUGGGGAUGGUGUGGGCCCUGCAGGAGGCUCAGGACCAAAGAGCACCACAGGAGCUGGCUAGCAGGGACGAAGGCUCCUGGCUCUUCCCUUUCCUGCUGAAUUUGUGUUUGGGCAGCCCUGUGUUUUUAAAGGAAAAGCUUUGUGUUAGAAUGGGCAGGCUGGGAACCCCGUUAGACAGCAUUCCUGGGAGAAGUUCUGCAUGGAAAUGGGUUUUAUUAUGUAAUUCUCCCACUAAUCUUUCGGGAUCCUUGGUUAGGAUUCCUCUAACCCAGAUGCAGCAGAUGCAACUGACUCCUAAAGCAGCUUUUCACAGCUCAGGGGCAUUGCCAGGCUAAAAAUCCCACUGAUUUUUUUUUUCCCCUUUAAGAUCUCUAGAUUUUUUUAAAAGCUUGGGGCCUUAACUCUUCAUGUUGUGUUGAUAUUGUCCUCAGAGCUGCUGAGGCUGACCUUGAUUUGAGCUACCCUUAGGCUUAGACUAUAAACCAGCUUUUUUUCUAGGGCUUCUGUUUGAUAGGAUUAUAAAUUUUUGAGGCUUAUUUUUAAAUAAAAAACUACUUUGGGGUGUUUGGACUCUCUAGUGGAAGAGGCAACACUGAGCUGCCAUCUCUGUGAGUGAAAACAGCCUAAUUUUUUAGAUGAAAAUGUUUGUGGAUAACAGUGCACAGCUGUGCCUUGUGGAGAUGGUGGGAGAGGCUUGAACCUCCCAUGAUAUUCCAGGUGGUUGCUGAUAAAAUGUACUUAAGUUCUGUUUGAGAAAGUAUUUGUAGCUGUUACUUAUUUUUAAAAUAAAUGAUCCUGCUGUGUGAA